ACAAAAUUAGAAAAAGAAAAAUUUGUGAUAUAUAAGUAAAAGGUUUCAAAGGUUUUGACAUUUCGUGGUUACGAAUAUUGACAAGUUUCUCUUUAACCAAAAAAUUAAAGAAACGGGCAUGGAAAAUACCUUAAAUAAGGAAGAUCAAAAUAAUCAAGAUGAUUCAGACUCUGAAGUAGACGAAGUAGAACCUAGGCUCAAAUAUGUCAGGGUACGAAAUGAUUUGGAACAUAUAUUGCAAAAUGAUGCAGCUAGUUGCAUUGCAGUACAUCCUAAGUUCCUAUGUCUGGGAUCACAUUGGGGUAUGAUACAUCUUUUAGAUCAUCAAGGAAAUAAUAUACAAUCUAAAAGUUUACAAGCACAUACAGUUGCUGUCAAUCAGAUAUCUAUAGAUCAUAAUGGAGAUUUCAUUGCAUCAUGUAGUGAUGAUGGAAAAGUUUUUAUAUAUGGUCUUUAUAGUACAGAGAAUAAUCAUAAUAUGAGUAUGGGUAGAUUAGUUAAAAGUAUAGCUAUAGAUCCAAAUUAUUACAAAAGUGGUAGUGGAAGAAGAUUUAUUACAGGAGAUGAUAAAUUGGUUUUGUAUGAAAAAACUUUUUUAUCUCGUAUGAAACUAACUGUACUAUGUGAUGCAGAAGGAGGAGUAAGAUCAAUUGCGUGGAUUAGUCACUUUGUGGCUUGGGCAUCUGAUACUGGUGUUAGAAUUUAUGAUUUAAAUGCCAGAUGUUCAUUAGGUCUUAUUAAAUGGAGUAAAUCUGCUGAUGCAUUACCAGAACAUUAUAGAUGUAAUCUUCGAUGGUCAGAUGAAAGAACAUUACUAAUUGGUUGGGUUGAUAUAGUACGAAUUUGUCAAAUUAGGAAAAGAUCAACACAAGAAAUGGUUAACAGAGACUUACCAGAAUAUGUAGUAGAUCCAGUAUUAAUUUUAGUUUCAACUUUCCGAGUGGAUUUUUAUAUUUCUGGUAUUGCACCUUUAGAAAAUCAAUUAGUAUUAUUGGGUUGUUUGAAAGAAUUAGAUGAAAAUGGAAAAAGUCAGAGACCAACAUUACAUGUUAUUGAACCAAAAUAUCAGGUUUUCUCUCUUGUCUGUGCAAAUUCCCUUACACUUCGUGGUUAUAAAGAAUAUAGUUGUAAUGAUUAUCAUUUAGAUUGUCUAAACGAAGAAAAUAGAUUUUUCAUUGUAAGCCCAAAAGAUAUUGUUAUAGCUAGUUUAUAUGAUGCAGAUGAUAGAAUAGAAUGGUUAUUAAAUCAUAGAAAAUUUGAACAAGCAUUAGAAGCAGUAACAGUGAAUAAUGGCAAAAACUGUAAAAAAUAUACUUUAGUUGAUGUUGGUCGUGUAUACUUAGAUCAUUUGUUAGCUUGUGGAAAAUAUGAUGAAGCAGGCAAACUCUGUUUAAAAAUUUUAGGAAAAGACAAAAAAUUAUGGGAAGAAGAAGUAUAUAAAUUUGCAAGGGUUCAUCAGUUGCGAUCUAUUUCUUCUUAUCUUCCAAGAGGUGAUGUAACAUUAGAUCCAUUAAUUUAUGAAAUGGUUCUUUAUGAAUAUUUGAAAAUGGAUCCUGAUGGAUUUCUCCAACUAGUCAAAGAAUGGUCUCCAAAAUUGUAUAAAGUUGCAGCUGUUGUAAAUGGUGUUUUAGAACAUCUUUUAAUUCAUAAUCAACGACAAAAUGUACUGUUAGAAGCUUUAGCUAUUUUAUACAUUCACGAUGAAAAGUACGACAAAGCGUUAGCUAUGUAUUUAAAGUUGAGACAUAAGGAUGUAUUUCAACUUAUUCAAAAAUAUCAAUUGUAUAAUACCGUUUACGAUAUGAUAGAAGGUUUAAUGGAUUUAGACGCGGAACGUGCGAUACAAUUUUUUUUAGAAAAAGACAGAGUGCCAUCUGAUAUUGUUGUACAAAAAUUACAGCAUAAUCAUCGAUAUUUAUAUUUGUAUUUAGAUGCAUUAGAUAAAAAAGAUACAAAAGGUACAUACCAUGGAUUGCUAGUCCAACUUUAUGCUAAUUACUCAAGAGAUAAAUUAUUACCACUUUUACGUCGUUCUGAUAAUUAUCCAAUACAACAAGCAUUAGAUAUUUGUAGUCAGAAAAAAUUCUAUCCAGAAAUGGUAUAUCUACUUGGUAGAAUUGGAAAUACUUCUGAAGCUUUAGCACUUAUGACUAGAGAAUUGAAUGAUAUGGAGAGUGCAAUUACAUUUUGUCAGGAACAUGAUGAUGAAGAAUUGUGGAAUGAUUUGAUUAUUUAUUCUCUAGAUAAACCUAAAGCUAUUACAUUUCUCUUGCAAAAAAUAGGUACAUAUGUCGAUCCUAGACUUAUGGUAGAAAGAAUAAAACCAUCUCUAGAAAUUCCAGGCCUGAAAAAAGCUUUAGUUAAAAUGAUGUGUGAUUAUAAUCUUCAAGUUUCAGUACAAGAAGGAUGUAAACAAAUUUUAUCUAAUGAUUAUUUUAAUUUACAUGAAAGAUUAGUCAAAUGUCAUCAAAAAGGAAUAUUUAUAGAUGAUGAUCAAAUGUGUGGAGCUUGUCAUAGAAAAAUAAUUAUAAGAGAACCAAGAAAUUUAGUAGUAUUUUAUUGUAAACAUUCGUUUCAUGAAGAUUGUUUACCAAAUUUCGAAGUAGUGGAAAAUUGCGUUAUAUGUAACUCCCAAAAAGAUACAUCUCCUAACAGACAAUGAUACAGGCAAUGAAAUUUCGAUGUCACCGAACUGAUAACUUUUGACCCACCGAAAUGACCAUCAAUAGACAUCGAAGAUUGUACAUGUAUUAAAAAUUCUUGAGCUUUAGGUCCAAUGGAUUCUACCAAAAUAGAGUAACU